AUGAAUGAUUCAAAGGGUGGUGCUUCUAGGAAAGCAGGUUCUGCUAAUCCUAGGCGCCGUACUCGAAGAUCAUUAGCGCCUCAAGUUGAUCCAAACAAUCAAGACAGAGGAAGAAUUGACUCCCUGACAAGUCAUUGUGUCAGGGGGAACUCCUUAUCUCUUUUACACUCCAGAAAUCUGUCCUCUGAAGGUAAUACACGAAGACAUUUGUCUUCCAAUGGAACCCAUCGCCACUUUGAGCAAACUGCAAAUAUCCAUGAAAGUUCCGACCUUGGAAACUUAGUGGGGUUUCCGUCUUCUCUCCAGUCCGGAGGCGGUCAAAGCUGUCAGAGGAGAAAUCAAGCCCCCUCUGAUUUCGAAGUAAGCGAAAAGGCGAAUAAUCUCUUUGAUCAAAUCCGAGAAAUUAAAAAGCGAAUUUCAGAAGCUACGGCAGAGUUGACUCCAACUUUCUACCCAAUGGCCACGAGUGAUGUACUGACUGCUGUGAGUCUGGGCCAGUACGAAGCAGCACAGCAUCUAAGCUCCCAACCCCAUCUUUCUGCCGAGGAUCCUUCUCACAACACCUGUUCCUGCUGCAACAGAGUUCUUUGCUACUUAGCCCAUCUCAUUUCAACGAACCCUUCUUUUGAACAUCCACGUUGGAGUGAGUUAAAAAAUGUUCUUAAAGACGUUAAUCCUGUUGAGUAUAUUCCCAAUUCCCCUGAUGUAAAGAGAGCUCUAACUGAACUGGUAUCCGUUUCUGCCAAUUUAACCGUUUCAACAGUCCCCAUUGCUGAAAUCCAGGAGAUGGAAAAGCGUUUGGAAGCUGCUGACGCUGAGGUGGCUCACACAAAUGAACAAAUUCAAACUCUUCAGAAACUUCUUAAUGAUUUUCAUAGUGAAUCCUCUUGGCGGCAACGUUCAAUUUCGGAAAAUCUGAGUGCUUCUAGUAUGAAAACAUCAUCUAUUGUUCGUUGGCUAGAUCUGGCGACAUCGGACUCUAUUUUCGAUUCUGAAUCCGAAGUUAAACGUCAAACUGAUAAUUCUUCUCGACACGGUAGUGAUCCGGAUCAAUUAGAUCUCAGAUCAAAGAUUUCUUCUCUGAUUGCUGACAAGGAAAGAGAAUUAGCCGAUUUGCGUCGUGGAGCUGUGAUGUGGGCCUCUAAGCAUACUCUCAUUACGAAUAAACAAGCGGAGAUUGAGGAACUCAGAGCUGUUCUUACUAAUGAACUGGCUCUAUCUCCUGACGCUUCGGAAGAGGACACGAUAACUGAGUCUGUCAAACUUAAGCAAAGUAAUGUAAAGAAUCUGAUUGAUCAAAUUGAGUCACUACGUGAUGAUAUUGCGGUUUUCACUCAGUCCAUGGAGCCAUCAGUAGUUCAACAAGUUAUUCCGAAUCUAGAAUCUCUUUCAAAUACCCUAUCCGAUGCUUUCGUUCACUUACGACCUUUGGAAGAAAAGAAGCCAGUUGCUGGAAUUGCUACCCAAGUCGACUACCUUCAUGAUCAACAAAGUGAGGGCUGUUUGACUACAUCCGAUAUUAAUGAACUUCAGAAAGUAGUCGAUGAAAUAAUUUCAUCUUUCUUGCCUCCUACCGCAUCUCCGUGCCAUUUACUUCUGAAAGAAGUAUUUGAUUCCCUAAAUAAUACUCUUUCGGAUAAAAGUGCCCAAGUUGAAGAGUUGAAAACAUCCGUAAAGGCAUUAGAACGUGAGACCGAGGUCAAUAAAGAAGCCAUCCAAGUACUCUGCGAAUCAAGACUCAACAUGCUUGAACAAAUAGCAGAGUUUACUGGAGGUGAGGAAUGUAGGGACGAUUUCGCAGAUUUCGUUUCAAAAUUGCGGGUGAAUGGAAGCCCUGAUGAGCAUCUUAAGAGUUUAACCAAGCUCAGUGAUAUUCUUGGUGAACGCUUAAGAGAUUGGGCCAACCGAAGACAAGAAGCUAAUGAGGCUCUCUUGAAGCAGAAGGACGAAGAGAUUGCAAGUCUGUUGGCAAGAUUAGAAGAGGACCAAGCUCUGAUUAAGAGUCAUUCAGAGGAGUCUAAGCUAUUACACGAGCAAAUGGAGCAACUCAAGAAGUCCAUGCCCUCAACGCCAAAGAAAUUCAUAACUAAAUUCGGAAAGCUUGGAAAGGCUCAACAGGAGCAGGAGAUUGUGACCGAAACAGCUCCCCUUCUCCAAUCUUUCGAGGAUUCAAUUCAACUCACUUCAACAGUUCCACUAAAUCGAGCACCUUCGAUUGAAUCUGAUGAUUUCGAGCCAUUUACAGGAGCUGUCGGCAGCACAGAGGUGGCAGAAUCCACUUGUGACCUUCAAUCCAAACUUAUUGAACAGGCGGCCGUGAUCAACCAACUUGAGGCACGGCUUUGUGCUCAAAACGAAGAAUUCCAGUCGAAAUUAGCUGGAGCUAAUGAGAAAAUUAGCCAGUUCAACGCCAUUCAGAACUCUUACGAAACUGACCUUCAGCGCCUAAAGAGUGUUCUUAUACAAAAGACUGGUGACAUGUCCGAGCUUAGUGCCAAAUUGAAUUCAUCCAAUCAGAGUAUUGCUACUUUGAAUAGCCUAAUUACGGAACUCAGAACUGAAGUAUCAACAGUUCAGGGAGUAUCUACCAUGCAAAGUCUUGAAAUUGAACGUGCUCAAGGCUUGAUGCAUGACAAGAACCAAGAAGUGAAUGACUUACGAGAGGUAAUUACAAGUCAUGAAGCCCAGAUUCAAAACCUUCGUUUCGUGCUAAAUAACAAAGAUGCCGAUUUAAAGCAAAAGAAUAAACAAAUCGAGGUGCUUUCAGCCAAACUCUCAAAUAGCGUCCAUGAAGCAGAAACGCUGAAGCACGACUUUGACCAUCUGAAUGGGAUAUUUGAGCGAUUGUGGCAGAGUACCCUUUUAGUGGAUGAUAGUUCGGAGUGUUGCGAUCCAUUGUCUCCUAUAAGACAUGAACCUAUGCAUGUGCUAAAAACUUCUUCAGCAGUUGAUCGUUUUCUUAGUCUUCUUCUAGCUAAAGAACCAGGAACGGAGAUGGGUGAUUUGCAAGCUUGUAUUAGAGUUUAUAAGUCCUUCAAGGAUGCCGAACUUACCCAUAAUGGUGACACAGAGGGACACCAUUCUGUCUCUAUUGUGCGUAAUGACCCAGAUCUCCCGUGGAAUUCCUGUUGUGUAACGGCAGUUACUGCCAUUUCGACUCUCCUUGAGGAUGGUAAAAUCUUUAAUCUUCUCAGAGAUCUAGCCUAUUCUGAGUCCUGUCGUGUACGUCUAGCUAAUCUCUUAUCAAACGCGGAAGCUCAGGUCAGUGAUUUGUCGGGUAUGCUUGCAUCUCUGAAACUGGAGGUUGAGCAGAACCAUAUCCAAUUAGCAGAAAGGACUCGACAACUCAUCCUUCUUGGAAUUGAUCCAGACGAUCCCUCUCUUGGGAAAGUUGAAUCUGAAACACCUAGUCCUGCUAUCAUUCCUGAAAAAGCAACUGAAGUCAAAGAGACUCCGGCAAAUGAUUCUACUUUGAAACGAGGUGCUGAGGAUUUACAAACUCAAGUCCAGUAUAUUCAACAGAAUAUUAUCGCCUUGGAGAAACGAUGUGAAGACGGUGAAACCGCGACUACUGAGGCAACUCAAAAGCUUGCGGAGGUUGAAAAACAGGUUGCAUUUAAGACUAGUGAAGACUUCUCUUUACCUGCUCAAAAUAUUCGAGUUCUUGCUAAUUUGUUGUCCACAGAACCUAAUGCUGAAUUGAUUGUCGAGAAGGUUGAAUCCUUGCAGGAGGAGCUUUUAGUCAAUUUGGCUGAGAGAGGUAGACUUCAACAACAGCUGCACAAAGUUCGUGAUCAGUUGGAGAAAUUGAAUAAGGGUCUGAGCAACCAGAAUACCGUUAAAUUGUCUGAAAUUGAAGGACAUCUUACAUCUGUUCUGAUUGAGAAAUCAUCGCUUGAAAAGCAAUUGAAUGAACAACGAGAUGAAAUUAACAGAAGAACUGCUUAUCUUGAUAACCUCGAAGCAGAAAGAUCCCAACUUUUAAGUCAGUUGAGCAAGAGUGAAGCUGAAUUGAAAUCAAAGGAAAAUGCUAUUGAGUCGCUAAAUCGGAGAAUACUUCUCCUCGAAUCAGACAAUGAUCGGAAAUCUUCCAAAUGCGUUUCCCUUCAAGCCAAUACAGAGGAUUCGACCAAACGGUUAAAUUCCAUUAAACCCUCCGCUGCUUCUCUUGAUCCACUAGUUGAACCUACUUUGACUGAGCCAGUUAAAGCAGAGCCAUUCCUCACAUCUAUGCCAGAGAAGGAAUCUCCUAACGUCACCGAAGUAUAUCAUGAGUUUUCUCCUGAAAGUAGCGCUAAUGUAGAUAACCUCGUGGAUAGAUUGUCAGUAUUGGUAGAUCAACUAUCGACCAUUCGAAGUGGCGAGCCUAGAUCAUUGUUUAAUUUACUGGAGCAGAUAGAGUCUGGUGUUUCUAGCCUUUUGAAAGACAAUGUUGAUCUGAAAAAGGUAGUUGCCGUUGCAGAAGCUGAACAAAAUGAAUCCCAGAAGGAGCUUGAAAUAAAAAAUGAGCGCAUUUCUGACCUUGAAGCCCAGGUGGCCGGAAUUGAACAGGAUAAGGCAACACUAGAAGACAAGCUUCGUGAGUCUCGAACUGAAGCCUCAGAGUCUGAGGAACUUCACAAGCAACUAGAGACACUAACUGCGGCCUUAUCAGCUAAAUCUGCGGGCAGUUCUGCUUCUUGUGAUCGAGUGAACCAAAACUCCGAAGAAUUAAAGGAAACGACAACCGUUUUAACCAAUUUGACACAACCUACUGUAGAAGUAGUCCGAACUGAACCCUUACUUUCAGCCUCUGAUUUUGUCGGUGUAAAUGACGACAGAGAUCUAAUAUUAUCACGUCUAGCUGAUUUGGUAGGCCAACUCUCUCCUGGUUCCGUUGCAAAACCCAUGUCAUGGUCAGAUUUAAUUGAUAAGAUAGAACACGAUAUCUCAAAUCUGUUAAGAAAUAUUGCGGAUCUGAAACAAAGACUUUCUGCUCUCGAAUCCGAGAAGGAAAACUUCAAGAUGACCCAUGAUCAGAUAUCAGAAGCUCGAAUUGAAGAAGCGUUGGUAGCUCAACGAAGAGCGGAAGGGGAGACAAAGAAGAAGGACGAAGAAUUGAAGGCGUUAGAGGAGAGACUUCAGCAAUCAUUUACUGAAUCAUCUACCAGUGCUGAUGAGAUUGAGGAAUUACGUCAGCGAAUCCUACUCCUUGAAGAUGAAAUCUCAGCUAAGUCCAAUAAAAUCGACUUCCUUAAUCAGAAGAUAAAAGAGGCGACUGAAUCAACUGUCAUUGAUCCCGUAAAAAUUGAGCUUAUGCAUGACUCAACUCCAAAGUAUCAUGAUAAACUUACACAAAUAACUGAAUUUGAUCAAACAACACUUCAGCGAAAAACUGCUGCUUUGAAGGAGACAAUAAUUCCCAAUAUAGCAGAAAACAGUUCCUUGAUUGAUGAAGUGAAAUCCUCGACUCAGCAACCGAGUGAUUAUAAGCUAAAUGAAUGUGUUUCAGAGCCCACAUUGAUUGAAUCGGUAAGCACGGCACCUUUGUUGACCGCGAAACCUCUUAUAAAAUGUCAGUUGAAACCUAGAGUUAUGGAUGCAUGCCACGAAUAUACUGACAAUAACAUUUCUCUGAAUGGUGUUAAUGAAGAUCUCAUUGCUCGACUCUGCUCCCUAACUGAACUAAUUUCAAAUACAUCAGAUCUUCAAAUCGAAGAACAAAAAUCCUGGUUAGAUCUAAUGGACAAAGUGGAAUCUGGAGUUUCCAGUCUGCUGAAGGCUCAAGUUUCUUUGAAACGACAGUUGGGAUUUAUUGAAACGAGGUCAAGUGAGCUGAAACAGCAAUUGGAGUUGAAUGAAGCUAAACUCCAAGUAUCGGAAGACGAACUCCUAAAGAGAGAUGCAAGUCUUCAAGGUCUGGAAGGCAGUAUGGAGGAAAUUUUAUCACGACUUCAUUCACAGGUAAACAGCUUGAUGGAGAUUGUUAAUUCAAGUGAAGGUCGUGUCAAUGAGUUAUCUUCAAUAGUGAGAAAUUUGAGAAUAAAUGAAAGUGAGCUAAAAGCACAGCUUGAUUCCAAAUCUCACCGAGAAAGUCAUUUACAGUCGGAAUUGAGCAAACUAACAGCUGAAAAUGCUGAUCUAUUACUGAAAUGUGAUCAAAUGAAGGAGAUUCUGAGCGAACGAACUACUAAGUUAGCUCAAAUUGAAGAUUCUUCAAAGGCCAACGAGGAUGAAGACCGAGUUUCUCGGCUUAUGGUUGCUGAACAAACUUGUGAGAAGCUAGAAAGCGAGAUAAUAUUGAAAGAUCAGGAAGUCAAGAGUCUGGAAGAUGCUUUAAAAUUGAAGGGAAACACCUUAACUAUGCUCGAAGAUGGUUUUAAGGCAAAGGUUGAGGAACUAAACAAUUUGACGGCGAAAGUGAAUGAGAUGGUGAUUUUGGCAGAAGAGUUGAAUGCAUUGAAGCAGAAAUUGCAAGUCAUUGACGAGGAAAAGGCAGUGAAGACAAGAGAAUGCAUUGUAUUGGCAGAAGAGGUAGCUGCUCUGAAUCACAAGUUAAGUACGGCGGCGGCGAGAGAGGCAGUUCUAAUGUCAUUGUCACCGGUGAUUGAGCAAACUACAGAUCUCCAGCAAAAAAUUCUUGAACUGAGCCAAGAAAACGAAGUCAAGGCUACUCGAAUCGUGAAGUUAGAAUCUGAGGUGACCUCUCUGAAAUCUAAAUUAGAAAAUCUUCAGGGUGAGCAUGACAUCAAAGCGGUCGAUUAUGGACAUCUCUCCGUCAAAGCUGUAGACUUGACCCAACAACUUGAUGCUAUGCAAUCUGAUUCUAUGACUCCAUUAAUUGUAGAACAACCUUUAGCCUCAGCUCCACUAGAAGUUGCUGCUAAAAGAGAUAAUUCUGAAUUACAGAAAUUAAAUGAAGAACAAAUGAAACACAUCGCUCAGAUUGAAAAUGCAAAGUGUCAUCUAGAAGACACUCUGGUUGCUAAAGAGAUUGAAGUCGAAUCUCUGAAGGAACAGAUCUUGCAUUUGACUCACGUUGGUAGUGUUGGCUUGAAUGCUGAAAUUGAAGUAUUGGAGGCUAAUACUAUUAUUUCUGCUGAAUUAAAAGAAGUGAAAAAUAAGCUGACAGAUUUAGAAGCCGACAAUAGUCAUAAAGCUGAUGAAAUUCUGCACCUCAAGCAGGAGCUAACUGGUCGCGAUUCUAGUUUACUGAACUUGGAAGCCUUGAUAAUAGACCUUAAUCAACGGAUCCACUCUCACAUGGCAACUCUCGACUCCAUUCUUAAUGCUACUGAAAGUCGACAGUCAGAUUUAUUGUCGGCUCUCAAAGACCUUGAAGCUAAAUUUGCUGAUAAGGUUAGUAAAGAGUGUCGGCUUUUGUCUGAAUUUGAGCUUGAGCGCUCUGAAUUUUCCAAAGCUCUUGAAGAAAAAGCAGAGAUCCAGAAAAGUCUCGAGAGUUCUGUGAAAGAACUUCAAGAGCGACUCGAACAAUCUUCACAGGAAUCAAACGGCAAGACUUCUGAGCUUUCAGAGCUGCUUCAGAAGAUCGAAGGUCUAGAAGAAAUGAUUACCAAGAAGGACGAGGACUUAGAAGCCACUGACGGUUUCCUAGAAGGUCAAAUCGCUCGUAUUGCAGAAUUAGAGGAUGCUAAUGCAAAACUUAAUGAAUCUCUUCUUCUAAAGGAAAGAGAACUCGAGUUAGUGCAGCAAAAGGUACAGGGGAUUGAAGGAGAGGAUAAGGUGGAUAACCUUAAAUGGAAAAUCCAGGAGCUCACCGAGACUUUGAAGGCGAAAGAGUCAGAAAUUGACACUUUGACGAAUCAGUCUAAUGCUGUUCAGGUGGAUGAACCUACUUUAAUCCAAAAUGUCGAUACUUCUCAUUUGCUGACUUCUGCACCGCCUUUAUUAUUGAAAGAAAAUGUGAAUGAAAGUGUUCUAACUGCUAGUUUAUUAAACCUGAUUGAAAAACUCUCAGACUCAACUGACUGCGACACUCAAUUGGGCCAUUCUUGGAUAGAUAUGAUGGGUCAGGUUGAAGAGGGAAUCAAUCACCUCUUGAAAGACCAAGCACAUUUAACAGCCGUACUGGAAAGUGUGGAGUCGGAGAAAAAAGUCCUGACAGAGAUGCUUGAAGCUGAAAAGACGCAUUUUCAAGCGCUUAAUCAACAAUUCCUAGAACAGCAAGCAACACUUGCUCAAUUGAAUGAGAAAUUACAUCAAGUUCAAGCUCUAAAGACACCUACUUCUGAGGUAGAAACUUUUGAAUCACUGAAUAAUGAAUUGGAUUCCCUUAGGCAAGAGAAUGAGCAGCAGGGUCGAACCCUAUCGGAUCUAAUUUCGGAACUAGAAACAUACAAAACUAGGGAAUCUGUUCUUCUAUCAAUGGUUUCGACUGACACAUCUCAACCUAGUGAACCAACUAACGUGCGAACUGAGGAACUUGAAAGAGCCCUAGAGUUAAAGCAAUCUGAGUUAGAUUCUUUGCAAAUUCAAUUUGCUGAAACCAAGCAAGUGCUUGAGGAGAUUUUAACAUCCAAGGAAAAUUACCAAAGUGCUAUUAUUCAGUUGGAGAAUGACCUCAAAGCUAAGGAAAUCGAUUUGAAUCAACUGACUGCUGCUUCGAACUCACAAGCUUUGGAGGUUGAUUCAUUGCAUGCUCGAUUACGUGAAUUGGAGGAAGCAAAUGGACGGAAAUCUGCUGAAAUUGAAAAGCUCGUUCAGCAAUUGGACCGAACUAAGGUUCAAGUAUCUGCAUUACCAGUCAUUGAUCCAAUUUUCGUUCAACCUGUUGCCGUUGAACACGGUUUAACCUCUGCACCUUCUGACCAUACGAGUUCUGUAGAUGCUAACUUGUUGGUUGAUCGUAUUUCAUGCCUGCUUCAACAGAUGUCUGAUCCGGUUGAUUCACAAUCAAAAGUUCGAAGAACAUGGACAGAUUUAAUGGAUCAAGCUGACUCUGGUGUUUCAAGGUUGACGCAAAGUUUGGAUGAUUUGAAGACGAAAAUCAUUACCCUUGAAUCUGAUCUAGCCAAGAGAGAUGCUCUGGUCGAAAACCUUUACAGAGAGCUUUCCGUACGUAAUGAUAGCUUACAUGCCCUAGAAGCUAGUAUAAUUGAGCUUUCUACUCGAUUAAAUCACAAUUUGAAUAAUUUGAAGGAUGCCAUUAACACUGGUAAAUGCAGGGUCCCUGAGCUUUUGGCUCUGAUCGAUGAUCUAGGCACAAAGAAGGAUCAGUUAGAAGAUCUACUUGCAAAACUUGAAAAUGAUAAGAAAGAACUUAAAGAAAAGUUAAGGACUACGGAGAUUCAGGCACCAAUUGAACCGUCCUCUGUUCAGUCCUCUGCUCUCGAAGAACAGUUGCAGUCCUUGCAAGCUGUGGUUGUGGAAAAGGAUGAGAAUCUAAGAUCAAUGGAGUCUAAAAUGCAGCGGGCAAUAUUGGAGUAUUCGAAAGAAUCUGAAUCUGUCUUAGCCGAAGUUGAAGAAUUGCAUCGACAGUUACAGGUUCUUCAGGAAAUGAAAGAUCAAAAAUCAGCUGAGUGCAGUGCUCUUCAAGAUCAAGUUGAUAAUCUCAUUAAAGAGCUUGAGGUUGCUAAGGCCAGACAAGCAGUCUUAAUCUCAAUAUCUGAAUCGCUUCCAGAAACAGAGCAUUUUUCGGCAAUGAAAGAUCACAAUGGAGUACCUGAACUUCAGCAAACGAAUAAUGAACAGGCUUCAUUUAUCUCAAACCUAGAAGAUGCUCUUAAGGCCAAAACUGAUGAGGAGUCAGGUUUACGGCAGAAAUUGCAGAUUCUUGAAGAGAGGCUAGUUCAGAAAGAGAACCAAUGUAGGUGCCUCAUCACUGAAGUAACCGACUUGAUUCAACAACUUACCUGUGCACAGGCUGGAACACCACCCAUAGAAACUAUAAAACAAGAUCUUAUUACGCCCGUUUCUGCAAAAGUACAAUCAGAUGAAAUCCAGAACUCCAAUGAUUUUGAAAUCAACUCUCUGAAAGAUCAUUUGUCUCAUUUGAGUGAUCUUGUGAAAACCCACUUGCAGUCGAAUGCAAAAUUCGCGCCUUUAAAAGAUACUACUGCUGUUCCUGCUGAACUAGAAGGGAUGGGAAUGUGUCUACAGGGUAAAGACGAAGACAUUCAACUCCUAACCAAUGAAAUCGGUGAACUUCAGAAAGAGCUCGUUGAAAGGGAUGUUACUCUACAGAAUCUUGAAGCCAGCAUGGUACAGCUUCACUCAAAACUCACUUCAAAUUUGAGUGAAUUGGAAAGCACGUUGAAUUCAAAGGAAAUUGAACUUUCUUUGAAAGUUGAUAAUGAAAAUCAGUUGGUACAGGAGUUAUCUAAAGCCUUGGAAGCAAAGGAAGAAGCUCUAAAGAGUCUGCAGGAGGAAAAGGAGCUACUGGAGGCCAAACUCCAGCAGUCUUUCGAUUCAUGUACUCUAGGAACGUUGCAGGAAAGAAUUCACAGCCUUGAGGAUGAAAACACUCGUAAAGCUGUAGAAUACAAGAGUCUGCUGAAUGAAGUGGACGAUUUGACAGUAGAGUUGAAUGCCGUGAAAGCUAGAGAAGCAGUACUACUCUCCACAGUUGACUUAGGCGUUCGAGAUUCAAUAAAGGAGGAAUCCGACCUUUUCGCAAGGACUCCAUCGACUUCCGAAGUCAACGAUAUCCCGAUUGAUGAACUACUACAAGAGGUACAUGCGGUGAGAUUCGAAAAUGAAGAGCUGCUCUCUAGAAUAACAGAGAUUGAGUCUCUCCUUAGACUUAAGGAAGAGGAAUUGGUAAAGGCCACUGAAAAUGCAGAUUCCUCAACUAAAGUAAUUGAAGAGCUUCAUCAAAAUGUCAAGGCUCUAAAGCUAGAAAAUGAGCUCAAAACUGCUGAGCUGAAGGAUGUUUCUAAAGAACUCCAAUCUGCUAGAGUAACAGAAUCAUUGACUCUUGAUAAAGAAGCUGAAGAAUCUGAAUUGAUAUCUAAAGUCAUGAAGCUGGAAGGAACAAUGCAAUCGAAUGAGGCUAAAUUGAAAUCGUUGGAAGAAGAGAUCUCGAAAUUGUCUCAGUCUGCUAUCACACCUACAUUUGUAGUCGAAGAACUUAGACAGAAAUUAGGGGAUCUUGAAGAAUCACAUCCAUCUAAGGCAAGGGAGAUUGAGUUGCGGCCAUUGACACCUAUUAUUGAACCGACUGUCGUUGAACCCGUCAAAUCGGAGAUCCUUACAUCUGUACCGCCCUUGAGGGAGGCGGCAAUUGGGCAAAACUUAGCUGCUGAAAUCGAAUCUAGUCUUCUUUUGAAGCAUGAUGAGGAAGGCAUGAACUCAUUGCCUGAUUCUAAAUCGGAGCUUCAAGAUCUCCGAGGUAAAUUGGACGCACUUCAGCAUGAAAUGCAGCAGAAGGUAGCUGACUUUAACUCUUUGGCUCAAGAACUAGAAGCCACAAGGAAAUCAAAUGAGUUUGGUUUAUCCUCUACUGAUAUUGACGAAUUGAGGAAGGCUGAUCAAGAAAAGACUGCCUUAAUCACCAAUUUGGAAUCCGAUUUAAAGAGUAAAGAGAUGGCCCUUCAAACUCUUGAAGAUAGGCUGAACCAGUUAAUGCUUGAAAGGGAUGACCUUCACGGGCAAUUGCGACUGAGCGUUGAACAGCAAUCAAGUAAUGCUGUCGAAGUUGAAAAACUCAAAGCCGAUGUGAAAGAAGCACGUGAUGAUCUCGCAAAGCGUAAUAGAGAUCUUCAAAACCUUGAAUCUUCUUUGACUGAUCUUUCCAUCAAAUUGAACUCUUUGGAAGAAACCGUGGCUUUAGCAGAACCUAGAUGCCUUGAGUUAAAAGCUAAGAUAGACGAACUUGAAGCUACCUUAAAACUCAAAGAAGGGGAAAUUAUGGCGGCUCAAACAUCAAAUGAAGAAGUUCAUGAAAAAUUGGAUGAGUUAAAGGAUUUGAAUGACAAGAAAACAGAUGAGCUUGAACGCAUGAAAGCCCAUCUAGAAGCCAUAGAGAAUAAUAAGGUACUGAAUGUAGAACCAACUAUUAUUGACCCAGUAAGACAGGACCAUUUAGCAUCGCCUACGCCUAAACCAGCUGGUGAAUUGGAAUCUCUCAGGCAUGAAAACGAGAAUUUGUUGGCUCGAAUUGCUAAUAUGGCAUCCACUCUCAAAAGUAAAGUAGAUGAACUGAAGACAUUGCGGAAUGAAUCCGAAAAGCUUUCUCGUGACUCUCAAACGACAGAAUUUGAUCUUCGUAAUCAAUUAAAGGCCUUACAAGAAGCGAUUGGGGAGAAAGAGGUUCAAUGUUUCACAUUGAAUCAAGAGCUGCAAGAGACCAAAGCCAGAGAAUCCGUUCUAAUAUCCCUAUCUCCUGAUGAAACAGUCGAGGAUCAAUUAAAGUCCCAGAUUGCAAAUCUUGAAGUUAACUUACGCAUGAAGGAAGAGGAAUUUAAGAUCCUAGAAGGCGAGAACUCGAAACUUUCUAAGAAUGCCAAUGAUUCUGCCUCAGAAGCUGAAGAACUUCGAAAGAAAUUGAGAGAAAUGGAAGGAACAAAUGCUCAAAAUGUUGCAGAAAUCGAGAGGUUGAUGAAUGAAUUGAAUUCGAGUAAGUCAAGAGAGACGUUAUUGCAAUCAAUGACAUCUGUUAUCGAACCAACUAUAAUUGAACCGGUAAUGUCUGAGCUUCUAGCUUCUGCACCGCCUAUGCCGGAAUCCAUCGAUGAAAUAGAGUCGUUGAGACAGGAAAACGAUGCUCUCACAUCUCUAAAUACUGGCCUUGAAACCGGUUUGAGAGAUAAAGAGUGUGAGAUUGCGAAUUUGAGUGAAGAAAUCCGGUCACUUCAAAAGCGGCUCGAGCAGAAGACUGCUGAUAUCGAUAACUUAAAGCAGAAAAUUGGAAUUGCUGAGGCCAGAGAGUCUCUUCUUAUGUCUUUGGCUCCUGAUGCUGAGGUUAUUCAAGCUAGUGGGGCUGAAUUGGAACGCAAAGUCGCGGAGCUUGAAGUAGCAUUACAAUCAAAGGAUGCCAAAAUAAAAUCUUUGGAAAUAGAAGUCUCGAAAAUGUCGCAGAAUGGAAACAUAUCUGCUUCUGAGGCUGAAGAGCCUAGAAUAAAUGUGAAAGUCCUGGGAGAAAGUAAUGCUGAGAAAGUUGAAGAAUGUGGGCGACUGUUUGAAGAUAUUUCAGCAGUUAGCAAUAAUGAAUUUGAAGCUUUGAAAAUGGAACUUAACGAUGUGAAGGAAGCUUUGAAUCGCAAAGUUUCUGAUUACUUUGUUCUUUCCACUGAGACUCAGCGUCUCAAAGAUGAGCUCGAUGUUGUCAAAAUUCGUGAAAAAGUUCUUCAGAACCUUGAAUCAAGCAUGAAUGAUCUUUCCUCUCGUUUUCUUGUUCAGUUGAAGGAUUUAGAACUAAAUGCUAAUUUGGGUGAAAGGAGGAUAUCUGAUCUUCUCUCGAUGAUUGAGGAUUUGGUGUCAAAAGGCAAUCAUCUCCGUAAUGAAUUAGACAAUAAAGAGCUUGAAAUCGGAAUAUUGCAUAAAGAAGCCUUAGAAAAACGCAAUACUAACGAAUCGGAGGUUCUUGCAUUGCGUGAUCAGAUGAAAACUCUUCUUGAAGAUCUGGAUCAAAAAGUGGCUGAGUGUACCUCAUUGACUCAUGAUCUGGAAACUGUUAAAGCUAGAGAAUCUCUCUUACUGUCAUUGGCUCCUGAUGAAACUGUUAUGCAAACACGAGAGACUGAACUGAAACUCCAAGCUGCUCAGCACCAAGUCAAAUUGCUUGAGGAUGAGAUUAAAAUCAUAAAGGAGGAUAUGCGAGACAAGAUUUCAUCACUCUCACAGAGUAUUGAGGCUUCUACUGCAGAGGCUGAAGAGCUGCGCCAGCAGUUGAAAGAAAAGGAAGAUUUUAGUGCUCAGAAAAUUAGAGAAUGCGAGAAAGUGUGGGAGCAACUAGAAGCUGGGAAACUGAAAGAGCCUGUUAUCCCUGCACCCGAACCAACUCCUGCUGAGCAGGUAAAAUCGGUGCUCCUAACUCAAUCUGCUCUUCAAACAGAAGCAGAUAUUCAAGCUCUUUCAUCGCGUUUGACUGAAUUGAAAGCUAUCACUCAAGACAAGGAUGGUGAAUUCGAGGACCUUCAGGAAGAAAUCGAAAAGAACCUGUUAACAAGGGACCUCCGUCAACAGUUAGAAAGCCUUCAAGAAGAAUUCAGUAGGAAAGAAGGGGAAUGUAAUUCCUUAAAGCAAGAAUUGGAAUCUCUGAAAGUCACUACUAUGCAAUGCGAAGUUAGUAGUAUUGAAGUGGUGACCUUGAGAAAAAUGCUUGAAGAAAAAGAGCAGAGAAUCCAGGAACUUGGUGAAGAGAAGAUCAGUAAAACGGCGGAAUGUAAAAGCCUUAGCAUUGAAGUUGAGCGACUUAAAGAGGAAGUGGCUCUUGCUCAAGAAAAUGAAAUGAAUCUCAACGAACUUGAGUCCAACAUAACUGAUCUCUCCGCACAUCUAACUUCUCAAUUGAAUGCUUUAGUGGAAACUAUUGACUAUGGUGAGGUUCGUGUUCGUGAUCUCAUUUCACUGGUGAAAUAUCUUAAGACUAGGGAAAGAGAACUUAUAAAGCAAUUGCGUGAAGAGCUUGAUCUUGAAGUUAUUAAGAAUAAAUUGAAUGAGAAAGAAUUCUAUAUUAAGGACAAAGAGGAAGAAUUUAACAAAUUGCAACAGGAAUCCUCAGAGAAUUUCCAGACGGAAAUUCUAGAACUAAAACGACAACUGGAAACUUUGAAAGCCGCCUCUGAGCAGAAAUCAACCGAAUUCAACGCGUUAGUCCACCAACUUCAGGCUGCUGAGGCGAGGGAAUCUCUUUUAAUGUCCAUAACUCCUGACGAAGCGAAAAUUCAAGCAAGUGAAACAGAGCUUAGAUCUAAAAUUGCGGAACUGGAGGCCAUGUUACGAGCAAAGGAAGACAAGAUUAAGGACCUCGAAGAUAGUACACAAGAAAAAAUCUUGGAACAAUUUCAGGUCGCCAAUGAAAAUGAUGUUGAGGUUGAAGAACUGCAAGGUCAACUAUUGGAAACAGAAGAACCUGUUACCGAACUCGCUGUAGUUAAACCGGUAAUGUCUGAGCUUCUAGCUUCUGCACCGCCCAUGCCGGAAUCCACCGAUGAAAUAGAGUCGUUGAGACAGGAAAACAAUGCUCUCACAUCUCUUAAUACUGUCCUUGAAACCAGUUUAAGAGAUAAAGAGUGUGAGAUUGCGAAUUUGAGUGAAGAAAUCCGGUCACUUCAAAAGCGGCUCGAGCAGAAGACUGCUGAUAUCGAUAACUUAAAGCAGAAAAUUGGAAUUGCUGAGGCCAGAGAGUCUCUUCUUAUGUCAUUAAGCCCCUUAUCUGUUGGACAAAAGGAGAUAUCUGAGUUUUCUGAAGAACAGCAAAUUUCACGAAUUGCUGAACUUGAAUCUGCUUUAACAUCAAAGGAGGGAGCGAGAGUACCACUUAAACGGAAGUUACUUUCUGUAACUCCUGAGAAUUCUCAUUUGUCGGAGUCUAACGACAACAUCGUACCUCUGAAUGAUUCAUUAACUUCAGAAAAUUCCGAUCUUUGUGUUCUUAAAGAAAGUCUUCAAGAAAAUCCUGAAGUAAAAUAUCUUCGUAAGUGUCUUCGUUCAGCAGAAUAUGAUAAUUACAAGAAUUGUGAAGAUAUUAAACAACUUGUGAAUGAAUUGGUCUUCCACGAGAAGGAAUUGCAGAAAAGAGAAAAGGACAUCAAUGACUUCGAGGCUCAAUUAAUUGAUGUUUCCUCUAGACUGUUCUCGAGGACAAACGACUUGUCUGCUAUCGUUAAUUCAGGUGAAAGGCGAAUUUCUGAUUUAAUGUCCAUUGUCGAGGAAUUGACUGCCAGAGACUCGGAUUUAAGGAAUGAAAUUACGAGGUUGGAGGCAUUGGAAACCCGGCUGCGAAGUCAGUUAGAUGAAGAAUCAGUAAAAUCGAGCAAACUUGCCAUUGAUAUCGCUAAACUGAAAACAGAAAAAGAUGAAUUGAACAGGAAAUGUAAUAUGAUGAUUGAUGAAAUGAAAUGUCAUUCUGAUGAACAGAAAACGCUUGCAGAUGCUCUCAAAGCACGAGAAGUUAAACAGAAAUCCCUUGAUGAGACCUUGAAAGCUAAGAAUAGCGAGAUGGAGCAACUGAAACAACGUCUACAAGCUCUUGAAAAUAUGAACUCUUCUCAGAUAGAGGAAAUUGAGAGUUUAAGCCAAGAACUAAAUGAGGUGAAAGCUAAGGAACAGGUCUCGAAAAUCAUUGAACCAAGCAUCAUCCCUGCCACUUCCGCUGAACCUUUACUAACCGCCCUUCCAACCGAUCUUCAAACUGAAAGAGGCGCUCAGUUAGCCCGAUUGAAUGAACUCGAGGAGAUCAAUAAGAAAUUAGAAGAAUCUUUAGAGUCCAAAGAAAACGAUUGCAAAUCACUAGAAAAUACCCUAAAAAUGAAGGAAAAUGAGUUUGAAGACAUGGCUAAGCUCUUAAAAUGCAAGGAAAACGAUCUAACAUCCUUGGACGAAAGUAUUCAGCAGAUGUCCCUUGAUAUGGACUCUCUUAAUAAGCACAUCAAACACUUAGAAGAAGAGAUUUCGAGCAAAUCUGCUGAACUGGAGACAGCGACGAAGGUGAAAGAAGCUCUAGUGCAAAAACUGGAAGAUGUUCAAACGACCUCAAUUCCUGACAACCAAUUAUUAACUGAAUUGAAACACAAGGGCUUCUGUCCAAAGAAUCUUCCUUCUUUCUAUGCUAACAUUGUGGAAAAAGUCAUCCUUCUAGCACAUUUCGUUCAAGAGACUAUCGAAACUGUAAAUAUUCCUACUACAGUCUCGUUCCUUGGGUUCCCCAUUCUGGGUUGUUCAAUAACCUUCUUGAAUACCCAUCUUUCUUCCAUUCUGUCUGAACUGCAGCUUGCGAUGAAAACAAAGGCGCCUGAAGUUCUGAGCAGUUCUAGAGAGAAUCGAAUUUCCCCCUUCGUGUCUAUUUCACCUAAAAUUGACUCUCCGAUUUCGACAAUCCACGAAAGCAUUGAUUCGUCAUCCAUUACUCAAGCACUUCUUUGUGUUGGGGCCUGUAUUCAUAACCAAAUGGAAAGCCUUCUCCAUCAAGCCUUUGGAAGCACAGCCACUGAUGCGGAAGUCAACUCUCUAAUGUCCAGUUGGUCAGGGUUCUUUAUGAAAUUGCAGAAUCUCUGCCAUUCGUCCCGAAUUCAAUUGCAGGAAACCCCUUCCACUGAGAUGCCAUGUCUCUGCCACCUGACGUCUGAUGAAAUUAACCGUCAACUGAUGUCUGAGAUUGUUCUACACCAGUCCACACCAAUACCAUCGACCCAAUCCCUACGAGGUGACUAUAGCUCAUCAUCGAGUGUAUUGAAUAAGUACUACAGUCAAUCGGAACCUGAUCUAGAUUUUUCCUUCGAUCGGAAUGCUCGAAAACGGCAAGUUAUUCGUUCACUGGAUCGCUUCUCAACCGUCCUUCCACUGCACAUGGGUAGGGGUAGAAAAUCAGGCAUGUAUCCACUGGCUGCGUUCUCUAACCAACUUUCGAAGCUUCGAUUAAGUUUGGUAAACGAAACUUGCUUUUCACCGGUGGUUGAACAGAAACCAGCCAUGUCCUUCGAAGUUCCUUCAACGGAGCUUUACCUGCGCAGAUUGCUUAAUAUCCGUGACACAGAGGUUCUGUAUCUCUUGAGCACUCUUCCCUGUGGUACUAACCUUAUUAAUCGGUCAUCUACGCCAAACAUUAUUCCUUCUGGUGAUUGCAUUGAGACCCAACUUCGAUUGAUGUCCAAUUGGGAUAUGGUUCAGCCGUUAGAUCCAUCCUGUAUUCCGCUCUAUCGUGUUAAGUUGCCAGAACCCGGUGAAAUCCCGCAAACUUCUACUAAUGGGCACUUCGAAGCUCCAAUAACUGAGACUGAAAGUUCUUCCAUACCAGUAUUAGAAGCCAACCAAAGCUCCCUUCUUAAUUCUGAUACUGCCGCUGAAGUUAGAAUCCUACUUCGCAAGGGCUGGAGUAUUUUGAAGGAAAUGGUCCAAACAUUCAAGCGCCCGAACAGAUCGAAACCUCUUGGCACACAAGCUGAUGAAUUAGUAGCCACUAGCUUGAAACUCAGUAGACUUCUUAAUGGAGAAUCGGAGGAAUUUGAAGUUCAGGCUGAAAAUAUUUCUGGUGGAGAUUUUAAAAAGAUUCCAGAAUCUCCCGGUCUUCCUUACAAGUUCUCCAAGGCUCCUAUUCAAGAAUUAAUAUGGGCAAUCGAUAAUUUAGAAGAUAUGGAAGAAUUGCGUUCGUUGGCACAUCUUUUAACACAACAAUACAACGCAAUUGGAACGACUUUGGAACAGCAGUUGAACUUGAAUCGUGAUUUGAGAGAUAGACUUCGUGAAGCCAAUAACCAUUUAGCUCGAAUCUACCUCGGAAUUUCUCAGGGUAGCCAUCGUUUGGCUGUGAUGACAGAACGUCUACGUGUCGAAGCUGAAAAGCAUGAAGAAUUAAGCUCCGCCUUUGAAGAAAUCCCAUCGCCAAAUCAAGAAUCCGAACUCUCUAAAACUGACAAUGGUCAUGAAGACCAAUCCCAAGAACCCCAAGCUUCUACAUCCCGGAACUCAGAUCGUAAGAAAUCGUCCACCCUUCUACGACAUCUGCGACAUGCCAUGAAGUCAAAGACGAAGAAGUAA